AUGGUGGUGGUAGGUGGUGUGGUGUUCAAAGUGUACAUAGUUGGGGAUGCGGUUAAGGUUGUGAGGAGAUUCUCUUUACCUGAUGUCAGCAAGCGUGACCUGUCAAGGAGAAGCGUUGGCGGCGUGUUCCGCUUUCCAAGGGUCUCAUGUGCUGCCCAAUCAGCAGACGAUUCAGUUGCUGAUUUGGACCCUUGUAUUGCCGAGCUUCCUCCACGAGCCUUGCUUGAACGCCUGGCCAGAGAACUUCGUCGUCGACUGGGUCUUCAUCUGUUCAACCUCGAUAUGAUUCGUGAACAUGGGACUAGAGACCGCUUUUAUGUGAUUGACAUAAACUAUUUUCCUGGGUAUGGUAAAAUGCCAGAAUACGAGCAUAUAUUUACAGACUUCUUACUCAACCUGGCUAAAAGCAAGUACAAGAAACGGUCUUCUACUACUAGUUUACCUUAGAAGAAUUUAAUCACCCCUCCCAUCACUCCAAUAAAACCACCACCUGUUCAAAAACAACAACAACACCAUGAACAAGAAAAAGA